UUUAUAUUAUAAACAAACAAAACAUUGACAUCAGGGGUAUAUAGGUACAUAUACAGAGUAUACAUUCAAUUAGUGAAUACAAAUAAUAAAUUAUUAUAUGAAUGUUAUAUUUUUCAGUGUACGUGGGUGAGCUGAUGAGGCUGGUUUUUGAAGAAGUCUUUGAGGACCCAACACCGUUUGUGGAGGAGAUGAAGAAAAUCAACAUCCCAAAGGACCUGUCCUCUCAAUUUGACAGGCCCUGAAAGGAGGAAGUGGUAGCCCGCCAGGUCUCACGUUUCAGUCGUCUAGGGGCGGUCGGAAGCCAACAUACAUUUAUUUUAGCAAACAAAACAUUGACAUCAGGGGUACAUAUACAGAGUAUACAUUCACUUAGUUGUAUCAAUAUUUGUCUCAAAUCAUCACCUUUAAAGUUAAUAAAAGAGUUGCAUCGUCUAUCUACUUUAUGGAUUAACACGGGCUAAAAGUAAAAGGAGACGUUGGCGCGUAUCUGGCAGGUGGGCGUGUUCUUGCUCUCCUAUUGGUCAAACGCUGUUCCCGCUCCACUAUUGGUCAAUCGCUGUUACGCACCGCCCAGCCGCUGAAUAAUGAUAAUAAUGAUCAAGAUGGCUACUACAGAAUCCUCCUUGCGGUAGCCAACCUCCAGUUCCAUGGAAGCGUUUAAAACUGCCUUUUCUCACAGUUUAAGUCCCUCUUAGGAGACGGGGGCUCUGCCAGGGAUACUACUUUAUGGAUUAACACGGGCUAAAAGGAUAUAAAAGUAACUGUGUUGCUUCAACCACUCAUUCUAAAGGGAAGCUAAGCUAGCAUAGCAACUAGCUUUCUUCUUCUUCUUGACGACCGUCUCCAGGUUUCCCGGUUUGCGUGACUUUACGUGACCCGGUUCCGUUAAAGAGCGUCAAAUGGCAGAACCGAGGAAAGUACCGUUCGUCACUAUCUCGUCCUUCAACACCUCGCCGGUGGUUCCGACCCCCCAGCAGGAGUCCAGCAAAAAGCGCCGCCGAGAAGAUGAGGCCGCCGAGGUGACUUGUGGGAAAGAUGGAGGUGGAGGUGGUUCUGUUGUCGGCUCAGGAGAUGGAGGUGGAAGUGGAGGAGCUCCGUUCGGGAAUGUGACACCGACAGGAGGGGAGGGAGUCACCGGGGAGGUGAAGCCAUCUGUGCGGCUGCUCCUCCCGCUGGCUGAGCCCAGUGACCGGGCUUCAUCAGAGUUCAACUACGGAGAACUGGUCAACUCAUCGCAGCCUCAGACUCAGCCUCAGCCUCAGGUAAAGCCUCAAGGUUCAAAGAUCCCUAAAGGCCUCGCACCCCCGCUGGACCCCAGCGACCCGUUUGCUGACGACAACAGAGAGAGACGAGAAGUGGAGGCGAUGGCCAAGAAGUUUGAGAACAAAUACGGUGGUGUCCCAAAGAAGAAGAAGAAAGACCGGAUGCAGGAUCUCAUCGACAUCGGCUUUGGAUACGAUGACACUGACCCCUUCAUCGACAACUCAGAGGCUUAUGAUGAGCUGGUGCCGGCCUCUUUAACCACGAAACACGGAGGUUUCUACAUCAACACCGGCACGCUGCAGUUCAGAGCGGCUUCAGACUCGGAGGGUGAAAACGGCGGCACAGAAGAUAACCGCUUCAAGAAGAUGAAAGACGGCGAGGAGCGGGUGAUAAAGAAGCGUCGGAAAAAGCAAGAUGGUGGUAUUCUGGAGGAAAAGAAACCCAGAAAGAAUAAAGUACCAAAGGCUGGAGUUUCCCUGAACGUGCACCGCCCGGAGAAGAAGAAGAGGAAGAAGCUGAUGAAGGACUCCAUACACCUGGCCAACAUGCUGCGCCGCUUCACCCGGGAGAAGGAGGAGAUGAGGAAGAAGAACUUCACCGCCCACGCGCUGGCUCGAGCCAACGCCAAAGCUCCCGUCGUCGUCGCCGUCGCCGCCGGCAACAACAGCACCGCGCUGAUCAACACCCAGGCUAAAGUCUCCGGGGCGGCCGAUUGCAACAUUACAGACCUGACCUCCGACCCCGCCAUGAUGUCAAUGCUCGGAUCGACCAAUAACGACAUCCUGCAGGACAUGAUGGGCGAACUGGACUUCGAGAUGCUGGACUCCCCGCAGCAUAGCCCCCUGCAGGGGGCGGAGAACGGGGCCUUCGGGCUCAAAACCGCAGGGGGCAGGGGGGGUCAGGGGGUCAUGGCGCCCCCCCCUCUGCCCAGCGGACUCUCAGCACCGCUCACUAAACGCAUCGAGGACCUCAGAGCGGUACGGGAGUUAAUAUUACACUGUGUUAGAUCUGCAAUUAAGAAUUAUGUUAAUUUAUUUUUUGUGAUCACAUUUUUAUUGAGAUUAUUUAACAUGUACAACCAAAAAAUUAUUUAG